GCUCCCUAAACUUCGGAUACACUAAAGAAACAACAUGGCUGGUUAUUCAACAACUGAAAUGAAAGAGGUUUUAGAAAGAUUGAACGAUUGGGAGCGAGAUAUAGAUCCACUAGCUCCACUAACAUCUUUGCAGAAAGAAAGUAUUGAAGAACUAAUGUCGAUUGUUGCUUUCAGGCUUUUACCUAGUGAGGUUAACAGUGAACGAAUUUCCCCUUUAGAACCAGAAUAUGAACUACAGAAGGAAAGAAAUAAUUCUGAAGUAAUGUGCUUAAAUUCAGCUUUGGUAAAUUUUCAAGUAGAAGAGACUGUUGAAACAUCACAACAAUUUUUGUCCUUGGUUGACAAUAUUGAAGAGAGAAUUUUGAAAGAUGAUGACGAAGCCAUGAAAUUGUAUAUUGAUCAACUUUGCACUAGUAACAUGGAAUGUAGCAGUCUUCUUGAUGAAAUAACAACCUCUCUUGAAGAACUAGAGUCAUUACAGAAACUCUAUAUUUUUGUGUCAGACAAGACCAAUACUUUACAUGAGGCAUGCGAGCAGCUUCUAACGGAUCAGGCUACUUUGGUCAAUUGUGCAGAAGUUAUCAAGGAAAAGCUCAGUUACUUUAAUGAACUUGAAACACUUUCACAGAAAUUGAAUUCUCCAACUCUUUCUGUCGUUAGUGAGUCUUUUGUUCCAAUGUUGGCUCGAUUAGAUGACUGCAUUGCCUAUCUGAAAGCAAAUCCUCAGUACAAGGAAUCAGAAACCUAUCUUGCUCGGUUCAAGCGGCUGUUAGCUCAAGCUCUGGGCAUGAUUCAGUCGUACGUGAUGGCCAACCUUCAACAGACUACCCAGCAAAUCUUAGCUCGUAAAGACACACUUUCUCCUAAUGAUAAUGCUUUCACGCUUUUAUAUGGAAAAUUCCGAGCCCGAGGUCCCCGAAUAAGAGCUUUGAUGGAACAGAUAGAAGAAAGAGUUGAGAAAAAUUCAGAAUACCAACAGCUUUUAGAAGACUGUCAUCAGUGCUACUUUACUCAAAGGGAGUUGCUUUUAGGACCAGGUGUGUCAACAGCUAUCACAAACUUAGCAGAGAAACACCAGCGUGAUCACUGUGCUUUGAUGAGGAGUGGGUGUGCCUUCCUAGUGCACCUUUCUGAAGAUGAGCAUCAGUUGUACCAGCAUUUUUUCUCUCGACCAAGUCAAGAACUGAACACUUUUCUGGAACGUUUGUGUCAACGACUGUAUGAUGUGUUGCGUACAAUAAUCAUCCACGUAAAUCAUUUAGAAACCCUUACUGAACUCUGUACUAUCUUGAAGGUGGAAAUGUUGGAAGAGUUUGUACAGAAUGAUCCCAAACAGCUUGAAGCUUUUGCUAACGUGGCCCAGCAGAUGUUGGAAGAUGUUCAGGAAAGACUGGCCUACAGAACCCACAUUUACAUCAGAACAGAUAUUCUGAAUUAUCAUCCCGCUCCAGGAGACUUAGCUUAUCCGGAAAAACUAGAAAUGAUGCAGAACAUUGCAGAGAGCUUGGCUCAAAAGCCCCUUAGCCGCUCCAGUUCUCGAUCCUCCCUAGGGUCAACUACUUCAGCGCCAGCCUGUGUUAGUAGAGAGUCUAAGAACAGAGAGGAAAGUAUUGCAGUCAUGUCAGUUUCAGCGUCCGAACAAGUGAUGGAGACCACCAUGUCCCAGUCAGCGUCAGAAUUAAAUCCGAGUGUUCCUGUCAAAGGAAGGACUGUUUUAUAUUCACCAGCUGAUCUCCAUGGCAUGUGGUACCCCACAGUCCGUCGAACAUUAGUAUGUUUGUCCAAAUUGUACCGAUGCUUGGAGAAGACUAUUUUCCAAGGCUUGUCUCAAGAGGUCUUAUCCAUGUGUAUCCAGUCUUUAGUGUCUGCCAGUCAAAGUAUAGCCAAGAACAAGACCUCACUUGAUGCACAUCUGUUCCUGAUUAAACACCUGUUAAUUCUUCGAGAACAGAUUUCUCCAUUCCAAAUUGAUUUUGUCAUCAAGGAGACAGUUCUUGACUUCAGCCGUAUUAAAAGUGCUGCUUUUGGCUUACUGCAUAAAAAGUCAAAACUUUUCUCUCUAAAUUCAAAUAAUGCUUUGCUCGAGUUUCUGCUCGAGGGAACACCACAAGUCAUGGAAAAUCUUGUCGAUUCCAAAAAGGCCGUUGACAACCAGUUGAAGAUAAUAUGUGAGGAAUUCAUUGCAAAUACUGUUGAAAUGUUAAUAGGACAGCUUCUUAUUUUCCUGAAUAAGGCUAAAGUCAUCUUAGAAGUUGGGGAGAAAGAGGCUACACGACAAGUAGUGCUGAAGAACCAGCCUUGGGCUAGCCCGGAAAAAGUGUCUGAACUUGUUAAUGAAGCGUACAAACAUUUAAAAAACAAGCUUCCGAACUUGGCAAAUAGCAUGUCGCUAUAUUUAGCCAACAGAGAUACAGAGCACAUUCUGUUUAGGCCAAUCAGGAACCGAGUUCAAUCUGCCUUUGAACAGCUUCUACAGCUAGUUCGAACGAACUACAGUGAAGAUGAACAGUUGAUAAUUGGUUGCCCAUCUACUGAUCAGAUCAGCCUUCUAUUGUCAUCUGCCAUUAUCAGGUGAAAGUUAGCCAUCAGAGUCUGUGGUGGUGUAUAUUCUCCAAUAAAGCACUGGGAACAAAGAAAGGUCCUGUCAGAAUUUGAAGCAGAUUAGCCUACAUGGAGAUGAUUAGUUCAAACACAUUUUUUCUUGACUGUUUUGGUUUAUGUAAUGGUGAAGUUAGGUUUAUUACUUCUGGGGUUUUACAAUAUCAUCUUAACAAUCACGUAAGUUCUGACAAAUGAAAGAAUUUUGAUUGGCUGUUUAGUAAUACAUUUUCAUAAUGCCUAAGAAGUGGCUCUACAUUUAGUUCACUUUUCUUGAAUACCUUUGGUAAUGAAAAGUGGUGUCUGGACAUGUUUGUUAAACUUGGAUAUAAUACUAAUUCUUCCACCUAAACUAGAUGGACAACUGUUUAAGCUUCAGUCUUUUUUUAUUCACAGUGAAAAAAAAGAUAUGUGUAUAAAAACAGAAACUACACAAAUUAUUUAGUAACCUCAUACUUGUCUGAAUUAAUUUUAAAAUUAUGAAACAGAGCAGCAUAUGUGAUGAUGAGGCUAUUUAUCUUAUGAAUAUUAAAGUAAACACAUGUUGAACUUCUGUAAAAAUUUCAUUGCUGUAAAAAAACUCAAAUACUUACUAAGAAAAGUAACAAUGAUGUAGAUUAUUGUAUGAAACAGAACAACAAUAUUGAUUAGUAAAAUCCAUUCGUAAAAUAAUGUUUCAACCACAAAUACAAAUAUUGUUCAUAAAAAUGAUUUAGCUUUUUAUCUGUGUUUUGAACAAUUUUCUAUAGUUUCUUGACACAGUGGUCUUUUUUUGUAUUUUAAUAUUUACAUCCUGAAAGUGUGAAAACUAAGACAAUAUGCACAUAUUUGCCUGUAGAGUAAGGAAACGAAAGUAGUUGAGAAAUAUUGAAGUUGUAUUGUUUGAAAAGGUAUAUGAAGUGUUAGAAACAUGAUGUUUUAACAAGAUACACUGUAUUUGGAAGAUGGAGACCCACUGUCAUAUGACAGUGAUAGAACAACAACAGUUUAACAAGAGCUUAUUUCUUGUGAAGAUGGAUACGUCUAUUUUCUUUUGUUAUUCUCCAAAAGCUCUAUAAAUUAGCUUGUUAAAAUGGGUUGCAGUAACUAGAUGGAAGACCUCCCCAAUUACAUUAUCUAUAGUAACUAGAUGGAAAACCUCCCUAAUUACAUUAUCUGUAGUAACUAGAGGGAAAACCUCCCUAAUUACAUUAAUCUGUAGUAACUAGAUGGAAAACCUCCCUAAUUACAUUAUCUGUAGUAACUAGAUCUAACACCCCCCUAAUUACAUUAUCUAUAGUAAUUAGAUGGAAGACCUCCCUAAUUACAUUAUCUAGAAUAACUAGAUGGAAGACCUCCCCAAUUAUAUUAUCUAUAGUAAUUAGGUGGAAGACCUCCCUAAUUACAUUAUCCAGAGUAAUUAGAUGGAAGACUCCCUAAUUACAUUAUCUAUAAUAAUUAGAUGGAAGACUCCCUAAUUACAUUAUCUGUAGUAACUAGAUGUAAAACUUCCCUAAUUACAUUAUCUGUAGUAACUAGAUGCAAAACCUCCCUAAUUAUAGUAUCCAGAGUAACUAGAUGGAAGAUCUAUCUAAUUACAUUACCUAUAGUAACUAGAUGGAAGAAUGGAAGACUUCUAAUUAUGUAAUCUAGAAUAAAUAUAUAAUGACAAAAAUUUUUUAAGCAAAUGAGCUUAAAAAUUAAAAUCAGUUUGGGCUGCCUAUGAUUUCCUUGUUAAUCAGUGAAUGGUAAAUUAUCAUUUCUGUUUAACAGAUAUUACAGUUUAAGGGUGUUUUUAUAACACCUGUCUAUAAAAAUAUGUAUGUAUGUGAUUUUUUGGUAAAGCACAUUACACAAUUUUACAUGUUUCUUCUAAUCACCUGAAGGUUUGGUUGCUGGGACAUACUGAUCAGUUCAGAGUUAUCCAGAAAAAUCCAGUUAGUGAUGUUUUUGUUUGUGGGAUAAAUGGGAAAGUACAACAGUUGUUUCCAGAGUGAGAAAGAAAGUGAGAUGUAUAUAAUUUAAAAAUAAAAGAUAUUGUAUAGA